GGAUGGGAAGGGUAAAAUUGAAGAUAAAGAAGUUAGAGAACCCAAAUGGACGCCAAUCUACAUUUGCUAAAAGGAAAAGUGGGAUCUUGAAAAAGGCUAAUGAGCUUUCGAUUCUUUGUGACAUUGAUAUUGUUCUUCUUAUGUUCUCUCCUACUGGGAAGGCUGCGUUAUGUUGCGGUACACGAAGUAGUAUGGAAGAGGUGAUUGCUAAGUUUUCUCAAGUAACACCGCAGGAAAGAACCAAAAGGAAGUUCGAGAGUCUUGAAAACUUGAAGAAAACUUUUCAAAAGUUGGAUCACGAUGUAAAUAUACGCGAAUUUAUAGCCUCAAGUAAUUCGACAAUAGAGGACUUGAGUGCUCAAGCAAGGAUUCUGCAAGCUCGGAUUUCUGAAAUACAUGGAAGAUUAAGUUAUUGGACAGAACCUGAUAAGAUUAAUAACGUUGAACACUUGGGACAACUCGAAAUUUCUAUUAGGCAAUCUAUUGAUCAAUUGCGUGCACAUAAGGAACAUUUUGGGCAGCAGCAACAAGCAAUGCAAAUAGAUAACGCAAACUUUGUUAAAGAUUGGUCAACAUGCUCGAUGCAAGAUGGGAUUCAGAUUCCUCUAGAACAACAGCUUCAGUCUAUGUCAUGGAUUCUUAAUAGCAACACCACCAACAUUGUCACGGAGGAACACAAUCCAAUCCCGCAGAGGGAAGUAGAGUGCUCAGCGAGUUCUUCGUUCGGGAGCUAUCCAGGCUACUUUGGAACAGGGAAGUCUCCUGAAAUUACAAUUUCGGGUCAAGAAACAAGCUUUCUUGAUGAACUAAACACCGGACAGCUGAAACCGCAACCAAGCUCACAUCAGCAGUUCACUAAUAAUAAUAUCACACCAUACAAUCCCAAUCUGCAUAAUGAUAUGAAUCAUCAACCAACGUUGCCUCCUCCUCCCCCUCAGGUUUAUAUUCCAAUGAAUCAGAGAGAGUAUCAUAUGAAUGGAUUUUUUAAGGCACCACCACCUGGAUCUUCUGCUUACAACAACACCAACCAAACCAGGUUUGGUUCUAGCAGCAGCUCCUUGCCUUGCUCACUCUCAAUGUUCGACGAAUACUUGUUCUCCCAGAUGCAGCAACCGAACUGAGAGAGAUGUGAUGAAUGAUGAUGAUACAAAAAACACAUCAUUGGAGGAACUCACCAAUUUUUUUGUUUCAGAAAACAGCAAGAAAACAAGAAACUCCUGCAGAUUUCUGAAUCGGUUCCAAGAAGAAGAACCAGUGGUAAUUCUGGUUAGAUUUGCAACCAAACCACACACAAUACGUUAUUUCAAUAUCUUCAAAAUAGAUGUUCUGUGUUUUUAAUUUAUUCUUUUCUAUACAUAAUUUCUCAAUUGUUAUGAGAGAUUUUUGAGGUUUUCCAUUUUUUUUCUCCGGCGAUAAAAGUUAGUGUCUUCUGGUGAGGCUGUCAAAGUAACGCCAUGACAGCCAAAAAGAUGAGGAACUCUCUCUCCUUCCCUUCCUACAAAACUCUAGCUGUAUCUAUGCUUCUUUUUUCAUUCAUUUAAUUGUAAAACAAACAAAACAGUGUUUAUUAAUGUUUUUGUCGUCAAAGGACUCUGGUUUAUUUAAGUGGUUAUACAAAGAGUUUACAAGAA